UUACGAAUCGUAAAAAUGUCCCAUUACAGCAGCUAUGGGGGCGGGCGCAGUGAUGACCGAUGGGGUGGCUCAUCUUACGGUGGCCGCUCCGGCGGCUAUGGCGGUAGCAGCUAUGGUGGUGGUGGUGGUGGCGGUGGUGGUGGUGGCAGUUAUGGUUUCAAUUCUCGAGGAGGCCGGGACGAACUCGACAACAUGGCGCUUCCGAAGCCAGACUUCUCGAACUUGCCUAAGUUUGAGAAGUGCUUUUACUUGGAGCACCCUGCUGUUGGCUCGCGGAGCUCUGAACAAGUGGAGGCUUUUCGGCGCAGCAAGCAGAUCCACGUCUAUGGCGAUGGCGUGCCCAAGCCCGUUACCAGUUUUGAAGAGGCUUCCUUUCCUGAAUACGUUCUAGCUGAGGUCAUUCGUGCUGGCUUCAAGGAGCCGACGCCAAUCCAGUGCCAGGGUUGGCCCAUGGCAUUGCUGGGACGUGACCUUAUCGGGCUGGCUGAGACAGGAAGUGGCAAAACCCUUGCCUAUCUGCUACCUGCUGUUGUUCACAUUAACGCGCAACCGUACCUACAACCUGGUGACGGUCCUAUUGUUCUGGUUCUCGCGCCUACCCGCGAGCUGGCCGUGCAAAUCCAGCAGGAGUGCCAGCGCUUCGGCAGCUCUUCACGUAUAAAGAAUACUGUGGUGUAUGGCGGCGCUCCGAAGGGGCCGCAAGCCCGAGACCUGCGCUCCGGUGUGGAAAUUGUGAUUGCUACCCCUGGCCGCCUGAUCGACAUGAUGGAUUCGCGAGUUACCAACCUCCGGCGUGUGACGUACCUUGUGUUGGAUGAGGCGGAUCGCAUGCUUGACAUGGGCUUUGAGCCGCAAAUCCGGAAAAUUGUCGACCAGAUUCGACCAGACCGCCAGACUUUGCUAUGGUCGGCCACUUGGCCAAAGGAGGUGCAGGCGAUUGCCCGCGACUUCCUUAAGAACCCGUAUCAGGUCAUCAUUGGGUCUCCUGAACUGAAAGCGAACCACAAUAUUCGGCAAAUCGUGGAGAUGGUGGAAGGGUAUGCGAAGUACCCCCGCCUUCGCAAAUUGCUUGAUACAGAGAUGGACGGGCGCCGAAUCCUAAUUUUCUGUGAGACAAAGCGAGGCUGCGACGAGCUCGUACGCCAGCUGCGCACUGACGGUUACCCUGCUCUGGGCCUCCACGGCGACAAAAGUCAGCAGGAGCGCGACUGGGUCUUGCAGGAGUUCAAGAACGGCACGCACCCAAUAAUGCUCGCCACUGACGUGGCUGCACGCGGACUAGAUGUCAAGGACAUCAAGGUUGUGGUCAAUUACGACAUGCCCAAGACGGCGGAGGAUUACGUCCACCGGAUCGGGCGCACAGGUCGCGCUGGUGCGCACGGCACGGCCUAUUCGUUCUUCACCGGCGCCGACGCGCGCCUCGCGCGUCAGGUGGUCGAGGUGAUGCAGGAGGCUGGGCAACAGCCACCUCCCGAGCUGCUCCAAAUGACGCACUUAGGUGGAGGCGGCGGCGGCGGGUUCCGCUCGCGGGGUGGUGGUGGUGGCGGCGGAUACCGCGGCUUCGGUGGCGGUGCAAGCAUGACCGGUGCGAACGCCAUCCCAGUGACGCAGCGGCGAUAUUAAAGCUGCUACAUCAGCAGUGCCAUGCAGAGAUUCUCUUCCAGUUUGUGAACUUCUUGGAGCCUCGGAGUCAGCGCGGUCAUGCAACAGGUCGGGGUUCCUGCAACCGGACUCCGUGGUUGUAUCUUCCGAGAGGCAAUUGGACACGACUCUUCAUUGAAAUGUGCAUAUGUAUUGUCGUUCGCAGGACGCUGAUAAAUUGGACCUCAGCAUUGAUUUGCAUGGUUUAGCAUUGCUAUGUGCAGUUGAAACUUUUGGCUGCCGUACACCGUAAUAUGACAUUUUAUGUAUUUUGGCUGCUUGAGCGAAUGUCGGGGGCCUGUGUUACCAGACAUUACAUUGGCGUUCUAAGUUCUUGUGCCAUGAAUGUGUUUUGCACAGCCAGAGGUGCCUAGGAAGAGGUCAGGGAAUUCAUGUCCACGUCAUGCCAUCCACGAUCUACCUUCAAAACAUGAAAUAUAGUGACAAGAUGACGGGCUAUUUUUCGUAGAAGAAGCGCGCCGGCGUAAGCGCUCCAGUUCCACGUGCAACUAUGCAGCAAAGCAUAUACGGCAACACUACACCUCAAAGACAGGACUGCCUAUUUGUGGGGACCUCCCGACCCGUCCACAAGCGUCUUCGCGCGCGUGGCGAAGGAUUCCAUAGUGCGUUGUACGCAGUCACGCCCUGUAAUGAUCAACUUGUUAACAAUUUCCGGGUCGGGCUCAAACCGUGCGGCCUCAAACUCCUUGCGUGCGCUGUUACGUAUGAGGUCGCGCCACAGCCGCCCUUUCUCGUCGCGCCAAACGAAAAGGUUGCUGUAGCGGAGGAUUUCACGGUACAGGGACAGAGCCUCACGACGAGUUGUCAACACCUGCCGGGGCUCCUCGGCCUUCUUGCGACUGGCCUUGAGCAAAUUUCGUUCAAAAAGUUCAGUCACUCUGUCUGGACUUGCACUAAGCUGCUCUUCCGAAAUGAAUCGGUUAAGUAGGUAUUGUAGCGGGAGGGCAGCACAACCGGCAAGAGGCUUACUUUGUUGAAGAUGACGAUAAACACACCGUAAAGGCAUGAUAGAAUUUUGCA